AUGAGUCUCAAUUCCGUUUCCCGAGAGUCAGUCGACGUGGUGGUCAUUGGGGCUGGCUUGAGUGGCCUCCGUGCGGCAUUGAAGAUUCAAGCAGCGGGGCUCUCCUGCGCGGUGGUCGAGGCUAUUGAUCGAGUAGGGGGGAAGACGCUUACUCUGCCAUCAAAGAAGAGUGGUCCUGGUGUCAACGAUCUUGGUGCCGCAUGGAUCAAUGAUACCACGCAAAGUGAGAUGUACAAACUCGUCCAGCACUAUGGUCUCCAGACAGAGAUUCAAAUGGACAGAGGAAAUGAUGUCUGGGAGCACGAUGAUGGGGUCGUGUUAUCUCCGCACGGUGUCUUACCGUUGACUGAAGAAGAGCAGGCUGCAUUGGGUCAAGUUAUUGGAAGAUUUACGGAACUCGCUGCCGAUGUGAACUUGGAGGACCCCGCGGCAGGACCAGGUGCAAAAGAGCUGGACAGCGUUUCACUGCAACAAUACUGUCUCCAGGAAUUCCAAUCUGAGCAAAUCGCGACCCUUUUGAAUACCGUCAGCCAGUCCUUGAUCGGUGUUGAAAGCAAGGACAUUAGUGCGCUGAGUUUCCUCUAUUCCUGCAAGUCUGGAACUGGGUUCCAGGCAGUGAUCUCGGAUACCAAGCAUGGAGCUCAGUACCUUCGGGUCCGGGAAGGUAGGGAGCCACCGGCUAUGUUUUUUUUAUUUUUUAUUUUAUGUGGGACUGACUUUUUGAAAGGCACACAGACCAUCUCGACGAACAUGGCAGAGGAGCUUAGAGAGGGUUCCCUCUGGCUUUCUACCCCCGUGACGCAUAUCGAGCAGUGUCCAGAGACCGGUGUUUGCAUAAUCCGGUCUGGGAACAAAGCUGUCUUUCUCGCAAAGAAGGUCAUCUUGUCUGUUGCCACACCUCUCUAUAGCAAGAUUGACUUCACGCCCCCUCUGCCCGCAGAAAAGCAGCGUCUCGCCCAGGAAAACAUCCUUGGUUACUACAGUAAGAUGAUUUUCGUUUUUGAGAAGCCAUGGUGGCGCGCUGCUGGAUUCUCAGGCGAAAUUAAAGCGCAAGAUCAAGGGCUUAUUCUCUUCUCUGUGGACACUAGUAUUCCCGAUGACGAUCAAUGGUCAAUCAGCUGCUUCAUUGUUGGUGGCCGGGGCCUCAAAUGGUCUAAGCUGUCACAAAAGGAGAGAUAUUCCUCUGCCUGGAGCCAGUUCCGCUCCGCGUUCGAGAAGGUUGACCAAAAGACCGGGGAAAUCCAGGUCCCGGAGCCGAUUAACGUCUUGGAGUUCGAAUGGACCAAGCAAGAGUUUUUCCUUGGUGGGCCUUGUCCCGCUUCGCCACCGGGCCUUCUGUCCUCCGUUGAUGCUGCCGCAUUCCGAACGCCCUUUGAGAAUGUUCACUUUGUGGGCACAGAAACAGCGUUGGAGUGGAGGGGCUAUAUGGAAGGUGCUAUUCGCUCUGGGAACAGGGGUGCCGCGGAGGUGAUUGCUGCACUCCAGGCUCAGCAUUGA